AUGAGUGCUUCUCUACUACUGCAGCUUGUGUUGACAGGCACACAAACGCACUAUGAGAACCGGGGGCUAAUCGACGACAAGAGACUCGACCAUUUACUGGUGGCCGGCAAACAGAUCCUCUACAAGUCCCACCAAGAAAGCGACGUUAGAUCUGCCCUCGGUUUCAACCCUCGAGUCUGGGAGGGCCUCACCAAAGUCCUCUCAGUCGCAAUUCCCGCUCUCGAGCAGCAGUCCUUCGCGUGGAAGAACCCGCCCGCCGCGAGUUUCAAUGGCAGCAGUUCAGACCUCAUUGCCUCACAUUACCUCUCUCUCAUCAAGGACAUUGAGCGACUAAACGAUCUUUGUACCAUUGCGCGAAACCUCCUCGCUACGACCAAGAAGGCACAGAACUUGGCAUCCGAGAAGGGAUUUGAUCAACAGAUUCUGAAACUCAUUGAUGUUUGUGUUAGAGUGACGGCUCGAGGAUUUGAUGGAGAGUCGAAUCCUAGGAAUGAGGAGCGAUGGCAAAAGGUCGUCAACCUCUACAAGCGGCUGUUGAUUACCUGCCUCCAAUUCCUACACAAUUUUAUCAUGCACAACGAACAGAGGAAGUUGGUACUGUGGUUGGAUCUCUUUGGACAAUCUCAGACCACCGAGAAUGAUGAGCUGGCACCCGCGGACGAGCAGGAGCCAGAGAUCGACGAGAGACUCCAUGCGGCGAAGGAAGAUAGGAUCAAAGCUACCGUCGAGAAGUUACCAGAAGGAAACCUCCCUGCACCCAACGGAGAAUUGGGCUACAGUAUCGAUGAUGUUCAUGCUCUGUUUGACUUGAUGAGCACCAACAAGGACCCUGAUGCACAAACGCAAGAGGCUGCAAAGAUACUCAUGGACAAAAUCAGAAGUGAUCUCGAGGCUACAUCCGGUCUUACCUCAAAUCAACUUGAUAACAACCCGGAUGCACUUGUCAAAGUGGGUGCGGAACUGCGUGCUCGAAUUCUCGCCAAGGACACCAGUACACCCUCCGCGCCGUCCGACCACGCGAACCAGCCUCUUCCAAUUGAGAAUGGGGCAAACAAUGGUCAAGCCCGCCCUACACUCUGGAGUAACUUGCCAGAUAUCUCCGCGUAUGGUGAUUUCAACGGAACAAACCAAACCAUGACCGACGACGACUUGACAAUGCCUAGGACGGCCGAAUCUGCAGCCGCAACUCUACAGGAGGCGAAGGACGAGCUCAUGGCGAGAUUGCAUGAGGCUGCACCGGUCAUAGACGAGAAUGGAAUGAUAUCUUAUGAUGGUGAAAUUGAUCAGGAAGAAGAUCUAGAGGAGGAUAUCAUCGAUAGCGCCGAGGAUAGUAUGGAGGAAGAUGAAGAAGAAGAUGACGAUGAUGAUUAUGGCCGGACCGGUGAUCAAGAAAGGGGACUUUUGACCGAUGUUCCGCUGGUUCUGGGACCUACGGAGAUCGAAGCACUCCCAAUGAUUAUCCAAGCCGGCAUUGUCGACAAUUUUGGUUCAAAAGAUGCUGCACGACAAGGGAUAAAGAACAUGCAAGCCGUGCGUUGUCACAUCCUACUUGCUCAAGAAGCCGGUCGCAAUGUCUUGCGAGAGCUGCUCAUAUUCAUUGCCGCGUGGGAUUUACCGGAUGACGAGUUCUAUUUCAAGAUGAUGGUCCAAAUCAUGGAAGCCAUUCUCAAAAACGGUCUCAUGUCUCACGCAUAUGCCGACUUUGGACAGCCGAAGGACAUCAUCUCCCCCGCCCAAGCUGUUGUUAUCAAGAUCCUCACCCAUAUAUUCCGCGCCAAAUACAGUCCCGCCACCGUGGUGCAGGAAAAUAACCAGCCUGUACAAAAGGCACGAAUUCCUUCACCGUUGAGCAGAGUCGAUGUCUUGACCGUUCGAUACAUCUUUAUCGUCUUCCGUGGCAACAUCAUUCCUGAGACCUGCGCUCUGAUAUACCUUCAAGGUCAAAUCCGCGCUGGUCAUGCUUUGGCAGAAGACUUUCCUCUCAAUCUGUGGGAUAUGGAGCGCGUGUAUGAGGGAGUCUACCAGUUUCUGGAGUUCUUCGCCGUUCUCACUGAGAACAACGACUGGAAACGUCUCUUGGUGCAGUGGGAGAUUGUCUAUGAUCUUGUCACACUGAUCAAAGAGCUCGACACAAGUAUCGCCAAGGUGGCACUCACAAAGUCGAUGCCUCCCCCAGUCGCCACUACCAAUGGUUCAAGCUCCAAGUCCGAGCCACAACAACGAUCUCCACCCGCGCCUGUUGCCGUGGAACGUCCUUACGAGGCGACCACGGCCGACAAAGACCUACCAGCUGAUCAACCUUCAUCCCCACCAAUGUCGCCCCCUCCACCCGCCGUGACCGAAGAGCCUGCCGAUUUCGAGUGGCGGAACCUAAAGAAGCUUAUAGUCCUGGUCCUGUCAAGUCUAGUGUGGAAGUCUCCCACGGUGCAGAAUCAAAUACGCGAGUAUGGCGGUGUGGAGACGAUUCUCAGUUGUACACAAUAUGAUGCAUGCAACCCCUACAUCAAAGAACACGCCGUCAUGUGCUUGAAAUUCCUCCUCGAGAGCAACCCGGUGAACCAGAAGCUCGUGUCGAGUCUCGAAGCACGCGAGGUCGUCCCACCUCCGUCCGGCGACGAUACGCUCAGUCGCAUGGGCGUCGAUGUCCGCGUCGGCGACGACGGCAAGGUCAAGGUCACCAGCAACGGCGCGAAACAGAGUCGUGUCCAGAAUGGGGAGGCCGGACCUCCUCCUGCUACUGCUGCUGCUACUGGUGCGAAAGGACAGAAGGGGACAGGGGCGGUGGUGGAGCAUGAGGCGAGAGGGAAGCUCGAGGAGCUUGAUUUGAAUGGCGAGGGCAAUGCGAAGGGGAAAGAAAAGGGCAAGGGCAAAGGCGCGGUUGGAGGUGACGGUGCCAACAGUGGCUCGACUGGUGGCGGCGGUGGUGGUGACAACAACAGUGACGUCGACUUUAUGUAG